GCCCCGGUACUGUGAGCCCCCCCACGCGCAUAACGAGCGGCCCGUCUACCGGACUGUGAGGGUUCAUCCCUUCAUCAGAACUACACGCGAGCCUCGCGCACAAAGUUUGAGGCGAGGAUUUCGUGCGUAAAAAGCUCCACGAAUCGAACAAAAACCAACCGGACGCAGAUGUUCAGUGUGGAGAAAUAUCAAAGCUGUGCAGCUUCUGAAUGAGAUCAUCGCAUUGAUAUUCUGGGACUUUUCCCUCCUCAGUACGGAGCGCGUCAUCGAUUGGUCCAUCCAUUCCCCCUGUGCGCGAGCCCGCGCGCAGACCCCUCCAGCUGCGCGCGACUCACGGGGAGCCAAUCCGUGGCCCCAGUCCGCCUCCGAGAGGCGCUUUAAGAGCGUCCGUGUCAUGGCCCCAUCCCGUCCCCUGACCACGGAGCGCUGCUUCUCAUCAGUGCCGGUGCGCCACUAGGGGAACCAUUUUACGCGCGAGCCUCUGCCUCUCCUGUUGCGCCACGGAGAACUCCAGCCGGAGCGCCGGCUUGAUAGACUUCAUGUCGGGCACGCUGACGCAGGUCGUGGUCCCUUCAGGGGACGCUGCUGUGGCGGGAUUAGGGGCCGUCUUGCGGGAAGGCAGCGCGUUCCGGACGGCCGCCGGAGCGGACUUUAUGGCGGCGCCGCCGACGGAAGCCCCUCACCUGGUCCCCGCCUUCUGGGAUUCCCCGCUCAGCCACGGCAUCAACGUGUUCGUGGGGCUCGUGCUCUGCUUCACGAUGCUGGGGCUGGGCUGCACGGUGGAGAUCAGCCAGCUCGGGGAGCACAUCCGCAGACCCAUCGGGGUGCUGCUGGCGCUGGUGUGUCAGUUCGUCAUCAUGCCCUUGGUGGCCUUUCUGUUGGCUCUCGCCUUCUCUCUGGACGAUGUGGCGGCGAUGGCCGUUCUCCUCUGUGGCUGCUGCCCGGGGGGGAACUUGUCCAACAUCAUGUCUCUGCUGGCGAACGGGGAGAUGAAUCUGAGCAUCGUCAUGACCAUCUCUUCCACCCUGCUGGCCCUGGUGCUGAUGCCGCUGUGCCUGUGGAUCUACAGCCGGGCCUGGAUCAACACUCCCGUGGUCAACCUCAUGCCCUUCGGGGCCAUCAUCCUGACCCUGUGCAGCACUCUCAUCCCCAUUGGUUUGGGGGUGAUGCUGAGGUACCGCUGCACGCGCGUGGCAGACAUUGUUUUAAAGGUGUCCCUGUGGUCCCUGCUGGUCACCCUCCUGAUGCUCUUCAUCCUGACCGGCGCCAUGCUGGGCCCCGAGCUGCUGUCCACCAUCCCGCCCUCCGUCUACGCCGUGGCGGUGCUGAUGCCGCUGUGCGGCUACGCCGCCGGCUACGGCCUGGCGACGCUCUUCGACCUGCCGCCCAGCAGCCGCCGCUCCGUCUCCCUGGAAACGGGGUGCCAGAACGUGCAGCUGUGCACCGCCAUCCUGAAGCUGGCGUUCCCCCCUCAGCUGAUGGGAGGCAUGUACAUGUUCCCGCUGCUCUACGCGCUGUUCCAGGCGGCCGAGGCCGGCGUCUUCAUCCUGGUCUACAGGACGCACCGGGAGAAGGUCCUGCACAAGGCCGACCCCCCGGGGGACGGCGAGGACGUGUCCUACCAGCGCUUUCAGGACGAGGAGGACGUGGACUUGUCCUACGGGGCCGUGACGGCGAGCGACCCGAACACCAUCAUGUUGGACCCCUGCCCCCCCGACCCCACCCCCGUGUGACGGGACGCGGGAGACGACGUCGUCCCGCGUCAUGUGUUCAGUCCAACAAUUCAUCCAAAUCACCUGGACAGGACGUCCAGAGACAACCCUCAGAGACGUGUCCUGACCCGGACAGUUUUAAGGUACCGACCCAGAGACACUAUCGAUGACAACCAUCGUUUCCCGGUGAUUUAACGGCGUUAAAGUAAACGUUCGCUCUUUUACUUUCAAACCAAACACUGAAUUAUGGAAGUAAAAAGGUUUUAAACCAGUCGGUAAAUCAGCGACGACCCGGACAGACGCCAUCUCUUCGUUUUGUGGAGAUUAAACAUUUGUUAAAGAGUUGCCAAAAUGAUCAAUGCUGAUCAACGUAUCCAGGAACCCAAUUCUAACCUUUCAUAAUAAGAUAUCCUGCUUCAACGCCUCCACAAUAAAAGCUCUUUCAUCAUCGCCUGUCAGUGCUCUUGCUCCUUAUUCUCAUCAAAGUAACUUUCCUGCAGCAGUGAGACAUGUAAAUGUUUAUAUAAAUAUUCAUGGGAUUUGACACGUAGAUUCGUUGAUGAUUAAUGAAUCAAUUAAAAGAAAUUCCGUAAACAGCCUCAAAUCGCGUGUGUCCGGGUCAGGACACGGUUGUGUUUAUAGAUGAAUCUGUAAAACAGAGUUUCUCCUCUAAGAAUCACACUAACGCACCUUUUAAAAAGCUUAUUCAUUAAUGUUUUAAUUGAUUUGUUGGAAUUCAAUUAUUUGGCAUGAAAGAUAUAAAAAAAAAGUGAACAUCAAAAAGCAGAGUAGUGAAAUGUCGGUGGACUGAAUCUGAGGAUCUGAACACUUCAUCAACUUCAUCCUGUGAAACUCACAUUAAACAGCGAAUCGCAUCAUGAAAACUAAACUGAGGAGCUUUGAAAAGCAGAUGUACAAAAUGUGGAAAUUAAACCGAAUGUAACAACCAAUAAAAACGUGUAAAAGAAAACCUGCGUUGUGUCGCUGGUUCUUCUUCGUCUUCGUCUUCUUCUUCAAUCAGUUUAUCACCUGGAGGGGAAAACAAAGUCAUUCAGUCCUCUACGAGGAGUUUGUGGAUGGUUUUCACCCCGAUUUCUCAAUCCAUCUUUUACUGAAUCGAGAUUCUGACAAACACACAAAAUCCACACAAUUCACCCCCUCAUCACGGUGACGAAGUGAAUCUUCUCUUCUUUCUCAUUUCAUCCAUUUAAAUUGUUCCAGAAUACUUAUUAAUAACAAUGACGUUAUUUCUCACCCUUUAAUUUGCUGCUUUUGAAGCGUUUAAAGACUUAUCGUUGGAUUCAUCAACAGUUUCCCCUGCAGCA